UUUUUUGAGCUUUUAUCUUAAUGGCUGCACCCAGCCGCGCGUAGUUAUCAUUUUUAUGGGUACCUCCAGGCCAGAAUCUCUGAGGAUAUGGAUCAGCCUCCCGCGGAAUCGUGGAAAUAUAGAAUCAGAUCUGCUCAUCUUAACGUUACUCACGAUCGUUACGGUGGGAUUAGCCGUGGUAUGUCUUUUGGGUAUGCGAUAUUUUAUCAUCGAGGGGAAAAAGAUUGGGAUUUCUAAACCCUGGACGCGAGGAGCGAUAUGGUUCUUCCUGACCAUCGUGAUAUUAGGCUACGUCACUACAGUUUACCUGCUCUGCAGGGACCAGGUGUCGCCGUGGUACAGGUGGUGGAAGAGCACCGUCAAUGUCAGACUCAUCAUAGAUCCUCAAUUGCUUCGUCGUCGGUCCUCGGACGAGUCCUCUCAGGACCAUGAGAGUCACGACGGAUCGAGGGAGACAACGGUGAUGUCCUUGGUCGAUGCGUCAUAAAGCACAUGUGGUCGAUAAAAAAAAAACGAGAGCGAGCUGACAUAUAAAAAUGUAACUGAAAGUACCAAGAUGUAAGUCACGAAUGAAUGAAAUAAACAUGAAUAUUAUUUGCGCAGU